AUGCCUCUCACCCACGAGCCGUCUAAGUCACCUCUGCGGCGCUAUCAUCACUACAUCUAUAUUAUCUUCUGGGCGGUCUCGUCGUCGCUUGUGCUUUACUUGGCUGGGGGACUUUCUUACCUCGAUGCCUUACUCCUCGCCUCCGGAGCAGCCACCCAGACGGGGCUGAACCCUAUCGACCUCAAUCAGCUGAAUUUUGUCCAGCAGUUCACCCUCUGGGGGGUGUCGAUGGUUACCAAUGUCAUCUUCAUCAACUCGUUGCUGGUGGUAAUCCGGUUAUAUUGGUUUCGCAAGCGGUUCCGCGGUGUGAUCAACGAAGCCAAAGUGUUGUGCCGCAAUCAGCGCAAUGAAUGGAAUCAAGGUUUACUGGAAGUGGGGGCGGAGAACCGGCCCCACGUAGGGAUCUCGACGGAGAGAUCCGCUGACGAACGACCCCUGUUGGAGACUGUCCAUGAUGAGGAUUGCACAUCCGAUCUGGUCGGAUCUCUACCCGGGCGGAAGUAUGGUGCUGCAGCACCGGCUGGAUCGACCAGUCCGCACAUCACGUUUUGCGACUCAGAGGCCGAGUACGAGGUCAAACAUCAUCGUCACCAAUCAAUGUCCGGGACUUGCUCGCGUCGCUCACUGUCUCCAAUUUUCCAGCGAUCCAGUCACGACCUUGACGGUCUGCCGGCGCUGAUGUGGCAGCCGUCGAUUGCCAGCUACGCCGACUGGGACGAAGCACAGAAGGAGGAGUUGGGCGGGAUCGAGUACCGGGCAUUGAAGACGUUGUUCGUCAUUCUGGUCUGCUACUUCUUGGUCUUUCACCUCCUAGGAAUUCUGUUGUUCCUGGCGUGGGUGCUGCCGCACAAACAGUACAGCCAGGUUCUCUCCGCAGCGGGAAUUAGCCGGCCGUGGUGGGCGAUCUUCACGGCCGGAUCAGCGUUCAACGAUCUGGGCUUCACUCUCACCCCGGACUCGAUGGAUGCUUUCCACACUGCGGCCUUCCCUCUCCUCGUCAUGACCUUCUUGGUGGUCAUUGGCAAUACGGGAUUUCCCUGUGUGCUCCGCUUGAUUAUCUGGACCCUGUCUCACUUCACCAGCCACGGGUCUCCCCUGGACGACGAAUUGGUAUAUCUUCUGGAGCAUCCGCGUCGGUGCUUCACACUUCUGUUUCCCAGCGCAGAGACAUGGCGACUAUCGGCCGUCUUGCUGCUGCUCAAUGCAAUCGACCUGCUUAUCUUCUAUACCCUCCAAGAGUCACCCCGCGACACCUCCAUCACCCCAGGGCUGAGGUUCGUCAACGGCCUUUUUCAAAUCGCCUCGACCCGCACCGCCGGGUUCAGCAUCGCCCCGCUAACCUCCCUCCACCCGGCGACUCAAGUAUCCUUUGUUGUGAUGAUGUACAUCUCCGCCUUCCCCAUCGCCAUUGCCAUGCGCAAGACAAACGUCUACGAAGAAAGAAGCCUCGGUAUUUUCUACAGUGACGAUAACCUGUCGACCUCUGACACGGACGGCCGAUCCUCUCACCAGUCCGACUCGCUCGCCGCCCAUAUCCAACGCCAGCUCGGGUUUGACCUCUGGUACGUGAUGCUGGGAUUUUUCCUGAUCGCCGUCGCGGAGGGCCAACGUCUGCAAGACAACCCGGACGAUCGGGCGUUCUCGCUGUUUCCGAUUCUGUUCGAGAUUGUGUCUGCGUACGGCACGGUGGGUCUGUCGUUGGGGUACCCCGGGACGGAGACGAGUCUGUGUGGGGAGUUUGGGGCCGCGGCGAAAGCGAUCAUCAUUGCGAUGCAAGUGCGGGGGAGGCAUCGGGGCCUGCCGCAUGCGCUGGACCAUGCAAUCUUGUUGCCGUGUGAGAUCGGCGAGGUGGAUGAGGAGGGGGGGUUGUCGGAGCCGUUGCGGUGGUGGAUGCGCUCCUACUUCACCUCUCUGGCCCGCCGUCGCCAACAAAAGAAAAUGAGCAUCACUCAAACAUACUAUCUCGCCCACACCGCCCGCAGGAAGCUUACCCGCGAAGCUUCCCGGGCGGACCACGAUCUCCGCCUAUUGGUUGGUCACGCCAACCUGCUAGACUCACUCAUGUUGGAGCUGGCUGAUGCUGAACGUGAACAAGAACAUUGGUUCAACCAAACUGUGAGCGGUGUGACCAAGAGCUCCCAUCAUUCCGAGCCUAGACACAUCCAAUGGGCGGAAACCGUAGUUGAGGACCCGGAGGAAGACUGGGAUGCCGAGGAUCUUUCUGACGCCGACUCAGACGUCAGCGAAGAUGACUCCGACUACGAUGAAGACCAUUACGAACCUACUUCCUACAGUCCGGUGCGACGACGGGCCCCCUCCCCGGUGGCCAUUAUCACCGAGAAGGAAGUGGAGGAGGACGAUGACUCGGAUUCUGAUUCCGACUUCGAGUAUGAUGAUGAGGAGGACCUGGAAGAAUUGACUCUGACUCGCUCGCCUUCCCGCCAAACCCCGCCCGAGCUGCUGUCCGACUCUGAUGGGGAAUCGGAAGACGACACCAUGCCCCCCUCACCUCCUCAACCAACCUUGGAAGCAUUCGACGAGAAGGAAGCACAAGCCGCGGAGAUUCCUCUCUCACCGACCGAUCUGGAGAAUGGCUACUACCUUCCUGGCCGAGCGCCAAGUACGAUGCUUGAAGCUUAUUGA